AGGAGGGGGAGUCAGUAAUUACCCAGGGGGAGAGGAGGGGACAGAGAGGAGAAGAGAGAGAGAGAGAUGUCAGGGAGUUAUAAACAGAGCAAGACACAGAACGGACAGAGGAAGGGAGGACACAAAGAGAGAGGAGAAGAAAAUAAAAGAAAGGAGUGGAAACAACGAUGAGGACAGUGAGAAUCUGAAAGGUUGUUCCUUUACCAUUUUUUGUGGAUCUCCUGGAUUUUCUUCUACACACUCUGCAGGACUUUGCAUCAUUUCCCAGCUGGAGACUUUGCACUGUGUCUUGUCUGGAUGCCUGUUUGCACCAGUGUAGUAUUUCAUAGUUGCAGUUAAUAGGGUUGACUUGUUCGUGCAUUCAUGCAAGACAUAGUAAGAAGAUGGGAGCCCUUCACCUUUCUCUAGCUCUCUUCCUCCUCCUCCUCUCCUCUCCCGUACGAGCCCAGUGGUGGAGUUUCAUCUGGGCAAGCCCUAAAACUAGAACCAGCUCUUCUUCUUCCUCCAAUGAUACCUCCAUCACCACUCCAUCCAUUACCUCCCUGGGCAUUUCUGACACCCCAGGGACAACAGAGUGGGUGGUAACAGACAACAGGGUGACAGAGAAAGCUCUGGAGGGUAGUACUGAGACAGAGGGGUCAGUGCUGACUCCUACACCCAGCCCAGGAGUGUCAGCAUUUGGCCAUAACACUGCAGAACCCAGGACGUUACAGCAAGAGGAGAACGCAGGUGUAGGCAGCAAAGUCAAAGCCCAAUACAAACUACUGAAACACUGGAAGAGUGAGCGAGGCUCAGGAGGUCAUCUGGAUCUGACGGAGUUAAUUGGCGUGCCCCUCCCCCCCUCCGUCUCCUUCACCCCUGGCUAUGAAGGUUUUCCAGCCUACAACUUCGGGCCUGGAGCCAACAUUGGCCGGCUCACCAAGACCUUUGUGCCGGGGUCAUUCUACAGGGACUUUGCCAUCAUUGUUACAGUUCGUCCAGCCACUCAGAAAGGAGGCGUACUUUUUGCCAUCACAGAUGCCCAUCAGAGGAUUGUGGAGCUGGGUCUGGCCCUCACUCCAGUGCGUGGGGGACUCCAGAGCAUCUUACUGUACUACACUGACAGAGAACAGGCUUCCCACAGCCACAAAGCCGCUGCCUUCAGUGUCCCAGAUAUGACUGACCAGUGGACAAGAUUUACGUUGGUAGUGGAACAUGAAGAGGUACGUCUCUACAUGGACUGUGGAGAGGCCGAGAGGACAACUUUCCAUCGGAGGGCAGAAAGACUCACCUUCUCACACAAUUCAGGCAUUUUCGUAGCUAAUGCAGGAAGCACUGGGCUUGAAAAGUUUGUGGGAUCCAUUCAGCAGCUGGUGAUAAAAGAUGAUCCCAGAGCAGCUGAGGAACAGUGUGAAGACGAUGAUCCUUAUGCCUCAGGAUACACCAGUGGAGAUGAUGCUCUGGAUGACAGGGAGACACAGGAGGAGGUGAUGAAGAGGACACAGGAGAGAAAACAUGGCACAGCACAGGAGGAGGACAGUGUUCCUGUCAGAGCUCCACCUACUGAGGCUCCGGAGGUGGAGGUCGAAGAGUACUCCAGUCACCAGACCCCAACAGAUGCCAGUGAACAUAUACAAGGGCCUUACCGGACAGAGGAGCCAGGGGAGAGGUCAGGAGAGGGUCACGCUAGGCAUGGAUUAAAAGGAGAGCGUGGAGAACCUGGACCCAGAGGCCCUCCUGGUCCCCCAGGCCCCACCCCUUUACCUGGACAAUUUCAACCUGGACCAAGAGGAACACCGGGACCACCAGGUCCCCCUGGAUCCCCAGGACUACCAGGGAGAGAUGGACAGAAAGGAAGCAAGGGUGAUAAAGGAGAUUCAGGUCAGAGAGGGUCUCAGGGAUUUCCAGGUUUGGGUGGAGAAGCAGGAGCUAAAGGAGAGAAGGGAGACCCAGGAGUUGGUUUGCCCGGUCCUCCUGGCCUCCCUGGGCCGCCUGGACCCCCCAGAUCCCGCAGUGUACCUUAUGGAGCAGAUGCCCUGGGUUCUGGGUUUGAAGACCUGGACAGCGACACAGUACUCAUCAAGGGUCCUCCUGGUCCACCAGGGCCUCCAGGACCUCCUGGUCCUCCAGGACCCGACCUGUCCUCAUCUGACACAGCUCAAGGCCUGUCUCACGGUGGACCACCUGGCCCAACUGGUAGAGAUGGGCUUCCAGGCAAACCUGGAAUACCGAUGUUUGAGGAUUGGUUUAGUGGUUCUGGACCUGACGGUUCAGGUUUGAGCUCAGAACUGUCCUCUGACCUUGGCUCUGGUUUCAGUUCUGGGUUCAGUUCAGAGGCCAGUUUUGCUUCUGGUUCUGGGCUUGACUUUGGGUCUGCCUGGGGUUCAGACGAGGGUCCAGCAGGAAAAGAUGGGGCUCCAGGUCUACCUGGAGCUGUGGGUGCAAAGGGCAACCAAGGUUUACCUGGACCAUCUGGACCAAAGGGCGAAUGUGGGUCUGUGGGUACAGCAGGGUCCCCAGGACCACCAGGGCCUUCUGGACCAGAGGGUAAGACAGGCCCACCAGGUCCCCCAGGACCCCCUGGACCCCCCGGAUCUCCAGGAAUAAAAUUUUUUGUAGAGGAUAUGGAGGGAUCUGGGAAGAGUGACAUGCUCAUUGGACCUGGAGUCAGAGGCCCACAGGGUCCUCCUGGUCCACCUGGCCCACAGGGACCAAAGGGUGAGGAUGGAGCCAUGGGUGCUCCAGGACUCUCUGUCAAGGGCGAGCCAGGGGACCCAGGUCAAGAGGGUCUUCAGGGUCCUGCUGGACUACCAGGCUCUAGGGGGGCCAAAGGUGAAAAAGGCAGUCCAGGACCCAAGGGUGAUCAAGGUGUGGAUGGACUCAGUAUUCCAGGACCACCUGGGCCUCCUGGACCUCCUGGUCCCAUGACUAAUCUGCAGGAUCUGCUCCUCAAUAUCACAGAUGGCAUCUUCAACUUCACAGAGAUCAGAGGACCACCGGGGCCCAUGGGCCCUGAAGGCUUGCCUGGCAGAGCUGGAUUUCCUGGCCCCAGGGGACCAAAGGGAGACAUAGGCCCUCCAGGUAUCCAGGGGCCAGUGGGGAUCAAGGGAGAGAAGGGAGAGCCUGGGGUGACAAUUGCUGCUGAUGGAUCCAUCAUAUCAGCGCCAAGAGGCCCCCAGGGGCCCAAGGGCAUCAAGGGUGACCGUGGAUUCCCUGGACCUGCCGGACUUAUGGGCCCAAUAGGACCACAUGGACAAAAAGGAGAAUAUGGCUUCCCUGGUCGCCCAGGACGACCUGGUAUGCCUGGGAGGAAAGGUGACAGAGGAGAGUCUGUCAGCCUACCGGGGCCUCCAGGUCCUCCAGGUCCACCUGGACUUCCAGGACGAAUUCUUGGGUUGAACGGAACAGUGUUUCCGGUGCGCCCCAGACCGCACUGCAAAAGGGGACGAGAGUCAGCUACAUUUGGAACUAAGGGAGACAAGGGAGAUAUGGGAGUACCUGGAGAGCCUGGCACACCUGCACCUGGGUUUCCUGAUGGAAUUGCGUUUGCUAGAGGUGAUCAGGGAUAUCAAGGUCAGAAGGGAGAGAAGGGUGACAACGGGUUGCCUGGUCCUCCAGGCCUGUCUGGGAGGUCAGGACUUGUGGGUCCAAAAGGUGAGUCCGUCGUGGGUCCUCCAGGACCUGUUGGUUCUCCAGGCCCACCUGGACCCCCUGGGUUUGGACGACCUGGACCGCGAGGGCCCCCUGGCCCAGCUGGACCUCCUGGACCACCACCUGCAUAUGGAUCAACUGUCAGUAUCCCUGGACCUCCUGGACCUCCUGGCCCCCCUGGAUCUCCAGGAUAUGCUAACCUGGUAACCGUCUAUAAGACAAUCCACGCUCUGAGCAGAGAGACUCACCGGGCUGCAGAGGGAACCUUGGUCUAUGUGUCUGAGAAGGGAGGAGAGCUGUACAUCAGAGCUCGCAAUGGCUGGCGUAAGAUCCAGCUUGGAGAGUUGAUCCAUCAAGGACCUUCUUCAUCAGCGGCAUCUCAGGCCCUCAGCAGACCUGGAGAAUGGAGCAGGCCACACAGGACCCAUAGCCAGGAGCUUCAAGAGGGCAGCAGAGGAUAUCAGCCCAGCUAUAACGUACUACCACAGACCUUCAACGCCGUGCCUGGGCUCCAUCUAGUAGCACUAAACACUCCACUGAAAGGGGAUAUGCGGGGCAUCCGGGGAGCAGAUUUCCAGUGCUACCAGCAGGCACGCUCCAUGGGGCUAACAGCCACAUACAGGGCCUUCCUGUCCUCACACCUUCAGGACCUGGCAACCAUUGUGAGGAAGGCAGACCGCACUGACAUGCCCGUGGUUAAUCUCAGAGGUGAAGUGUUGUUCAGCAGUUGGAUGUCCAUCUUCUCUGAGAAUGGAGGUGUAUUUAACCCUUCCACACCCAUCUACUCCUUUGACGGACGCAACGUGAUGACUGACUCAGCAUGGCCAGAGAAGCUGGUAUGGCAUGGGUCUAGUGCUGUGGGUAUCCGUCUGACCAAUAACUACUGCGAAGCAUGGAGGACGGCUGACAUGGCAGUGAUGGGCCAGGCUGCACUGCUGCAGACAGGACGACUGUUAGGACAACACACUCGCUCCUGCUCCAACCACUACAUUGUGCUGUGUAUAGAGAACACAUAUGUGGGGAACACACAUCAAAAGAGGACCUGAAGAGACAGGGGUAGCACAUGCGCACACACACACACACACACACACACUCACGCACAUGAGGCAUGCUGAAAGUGCAGAGUUGAAAUUGCGACACGGUUCACAUACGUUUCAAUUUGAAUGGGAAACACGUGCAGGCACAUACAGCCAUUAUGACGACGUAUCACUGCAUAGAAAUUAUAUUUGAGUAAACAGACAAAAGGCACUUGUGUUCAUACAUGCACGCAUGCAAAUAAAACACACGCAUGCUAACAUACAGAAGCAGGCGUCUACACUCGGCAUGGAAAAAUAAACACAACACAUGCAACAGGCACACACAUUUCAGUUACUUUCACUAUGUUUAGUUUCAUUUUUAGUGCCAAUGUGUCAUCCAAUUCUUUAGUCCAGAGUAAAGUUAUUUAUGUUCAUGAAUAACCUUAGCAGUGUUCUAUCUCCACAACUACAUAUCCUUUAUACUUCACAUUUUCUCCUACAGGUGUCAGUCAGGUUUAUAUCUGUUUCCCUAAAGUAUGCAAAUUAACAAGAAAACUCAAAAACAGUAUGGUUUGUAAAUGAUUAGCUGUGAUUUGAAAUAUACAUCCUGGUUUAUUAAACUUGCCAAACCAUUGAUAUAAAAUGGUGUUCAAUUUCCUUUGCAGGGAAACAAGAUAUUGUAGUUAAUACUGUUAACGAUUCAUGUGAUUUUUUUGAAUUUGAUGGAACAGAAUUUUGAAGCGAACAUGAUAUAUUUACUGAUUUCAGUCUCAUUAAAUAUUAGCAUGCGUUGUGGUUUAGAACCAAAUGUGUAUCAAACCUAGCUGUGACUUGUGAAGAAGAAGGCUAGAUUAACACUGCAGCUUAUGAAAGAAAUAAAUCAGACUGUGAGUCAUUUAGGAUGAUUUCUUUUCAAAGGAAAAGGCCUGGCAACAUUUUAUAUUUCUGUUACUGUCAACAAACCCCACGAAAAGAUCCACUGUAACGAUUUUAGUCCAUUUCACAACACUUUCCAACUUUUCUAACCUGUCUGUGGCUCUCAGACCCACCACCAUUUAUGGAGAUGUAAAUCUUUGAAAAUGGGUCAUUCAAGGUCAUUUCCACUGAUUUUGUUUUUUUUUUUUUUUUUUUUAAUCAUAUGUGACUUAAACAGAAAUAAUAGUAAAUUUGAAUUAGUAGUACUAUUUUCAGCAGCAGAUUAAUCUAUAUUUGGUGCUCUACUACAGCAGCAGAAUGGUAUGUGUAGUACUGACAGAAUUAAUAACUGGAAGAAUUAAGAAGGUAAAAUUGGAAAACAUCACCCAAAGUAGAAGUUUUCAAUAGUUUUUGAAUGACAAUGGAGUUCUGUGAUAAAGAGUACAAUACUUAUUAGUGGGAUACAUACAAUGUUGGAUUUCUUUAAAUGGGAUUUAUUGACAAUAAGAGAAAUAAAGAAUAACAUCAGACUACCUUUACCUACCUUUAUGUAUGAACACAGUGUGAAUCAUUAGGAAACACAGCGUUUACUGUACACACAGAAUGAACUAUUUCUUUUAUCAGUCUUUCUACCUGACUUACAUUCUUAUGUCAGUCAUCAGUGUCCAUUUCGUACUGUAAUGUUUUGGAUGUAAAUCCACUGUAUGUAAAUGAUUUCUUCCUAGAAAAUCCAUCUGAUCACAUCAUUAUUCACUUUUCCUCCAUUUUUUGCAGGAAUUUACCAAACAAAGACUUCUUACCACUAAAAUCUUCUCUACCUGUUGAACGUAGAGAUUUCUAAUGUUAAUAAUAGUAAUAAAUAAAGGAAUUAGUCAUGCAAGAUGAAAACAUAUAUUAUUUGAAAGGUGGAAUUUGUAAAAUAUGGCCAUGCGAGUUAAGGUGUACUUCACUUGUUUUGCCUUUCCACACCUCACCUAUGGAUUGGUUGAAAUCAAUACUGAGUUCAGAUUUUCUACAUGUUUUGUCCUGCCAGGUCUGUCAUUCUUCCCUGUGGCUUCAUCUCUCUUCUUUCCACAUCUGCAUGUCUCCUCGUUCUCGAAUCACAGUCCUCGUCAGAGCCUCUGUAAACCCCGUCCAUGGCGUAUCCCCUGUCCUCAAACUGGCCUUUGUCAGUCUCAGAGUCUGGUCCCAUUCUGGUGUUAUUGAAAGACUGCUAAGUUGUCUGUAGUGACUCUACCCACAAUUCGAGGACAUGAUCUAGAUACAAACCUGUUAGCUACAGGGCCACUAACUCAGCUGCUAACUAAUGACAGCUAUAGCUACAGCCAAAUACAAUAACUGCAAACAGGAUAUGGUGAGCAGAAACUGGCAGUUGCUAUGGUGAUAUGCUGCCCACUACAUUUUUGAGGCUACUGUCAAAUUCUGGCCAUAUUUUACAAGUUUAUCCUUUAAUGCCUUACUUAUUAGUAUCCCAUAAUCCAAUAAUAAAAUCUGAUUGCCCAAAUAAGAAUAAUAUAGCAUUGUUUCACCUGAACUUUGCUUGAAAUAAAGUAAUCUGAACUAGUCUCAACAUUAACAUCAGUGCUUUAGCAUUAGCAUUAUAGUUGAAAUCAAUGUGUGGUAUUCAUUAAUUUAUGCAGUAGCAGAAUACAGAGUGAAAAUCUAGUUCAUGUUUGGAUAUUGAUGAAGUUGGAACAUGUACAUAUAUGCGUGCGUUAUUGUCCAAAUGUUUUUUACUCAGUAGAGGUAGAUUUUGUAUGAUGCACACUUAAUGACUUAAGAUUUUCUCUCACCAAGUGUUGACUGAAAUGCAGUUCUGCCUAUAAAGAUGGUCUGGCUGAAAAAGGUAUACAAUGUUUGAAAAGUUUUGAUUUUCAAAAAUUAGUUGUCCUGAUGUUUGAUUGUUUCACUGUUUAAACAAAACUUGAGCUUCUGAGGAAAAAGAACGCUUGUACUGACUGGUGCUCACUGAAUAAAUGUCUUAUUUUGUGUUUUUUUAA